AUGGCAGCGCGCGCCGGAGCUGUCCCAAAGAGGGCGGCUGUGCCGAAGGCUGCGCCUAAGGCGGAGCCUGCUGUGAGGGAGUCCCCCAAGGAUGUGGUCCACGCUGUUUUUGCCUAUGGCACGCUUCGCGGGGACUUCGCGGAUUCUGGCGACCACUGGGGCGUCAUCCAGCGGACAGGUGCCGCCUGGCUUCUUACCUCCGUGGUAGGCUUCAAGCUCCUUCAGGAGGAUCGAGCAUUCUAUCCCUUCGCAGUGCAGAGCGACGGGGAGCAGGACCAGCUGCACGGGACCAUUCUGAUCUGGCCUGUUGGAGAUGUCUCCAGGAAAGCGAUUGAGACAUGCAACAACAUCGAGGGCUUUGACCCGGACCAUCCAGAAGACGGCCUUUACCGCAGGGCCCUCGUGGAAGUCCCAGUCCCUCUGAAAGCCCUGAAGGACAAGAUGAAGGAGCAGCCCUGGCUCAAGCAGGAAUUGGAAGGCCUUGACAAGGAAGCGCUGGAGCAGGAGCAUAUCCUCGUCAGGGCUUAUGUCUACCACCAGCCCUUGGGUGACAAAGCGGACUACUCCAAGGCUUUCCCAGGUGGCGACUGGCUGGCAUCUCGCAAGACAGAUGAGGAUGCACGGUGA